UGAAUGGGCUGCCUGUGCUGUACAUGGAUGCCCCCCCCCCACCUCCCACAGCCACCACUAGUGUACUCCCAGUCACACAUGGGAAGGUGUCUGUGCAGACUCCCAUAGGACUCUGCUGCAUCCCCGACGAGCUGUGCAUCAAACUGUACUUCAUGUUCUGUUUGUGGCUGACAUGGAAACAGCACAGGUGACGGGCAGAGGCUGCAGAUCUUUAUCAUGAAAGGAAAGAGGAAUCAUAACUUCAAAUGAUCCAGAGGAUCAGCAUCAUGUCUGGCAUUAGGAUUUGCAAAGUUCUUCACAAUGGGAAACUUUAUCCCAGCACUCCUGAGGACUAUUACUGCAUCCAACUGCUCAAUAUUACUAAAAUUAUUUGCAGUUAAGCAAUAAUUUUGGCAAUACAAAGCCUGAAGUGACAAAAGAGGAGGUUUUGAUGGAAUUCACCAAUGGUAAACCAAGUUGAUGUUUUUUCUGUAGUCUUGUAGCCGGAUUUAGGCAGAUUCUACACAUUUGUCUACCUAAGGCAGUCAUAUGCUUUAUGGAGGCCUCGCCUAGUCCCCUAACUACUGGGGAGCUGUCCGGAUGUCAAGAGCAUUGUCAGCCAGAGUCUCCUCAGCGUGGCCAAAAGGCAGAGUCUCCCUCCCAGCACCAGGAGGAGGAGCACAACAUUGUCCCAAAGCCCCAUGGUGAACCACAUCUACCCAAACAAUCCAAAAGACAAAAUCCUGAGCAUAAGCGCCUCAGGCAUCAGCAGCAGGUCGUUGACCCGGAUGCUGUGCUGGAAAACAAAGAGGCAUGGCCAACAUCAAAAGAGCAAAUGCAUUCCAGUUUGUCUCCAGUUGACCUACCUUCAUUGGUGGAUAUUCCUAACCAGUCUAAAUCUAAAACCCAAGAGGACAACCCAAAACAAAAGCGGGAGCGUAAACCUCAGAGACCAGGCAAAUAUGUUUGCACGUACUGUGGCCGUGCAUGUGCAAAGCCCAGUGUGUUGCAGAAGCACAUCCGCUCCCACACAGGUGAAAGACCCUAUCCCUGUGUCCCAUGCGGCUUCUCUUUUAAGACUAAAAGUAAUCUGUACAAACAUCGCAAAUCUCAUACUCACAAGGUCAAGGCAGGUCUGACACUUGGGAAGCCAAAAUCUUUUGAAGAACAUGUCACAGAGUCAGAGGAUGAAACACGACAGCUAUCAUCGAGACUGGCAGAUAGACAGAGGACAAUAAGCUCACUGAAGAGCUAUGAAACAGAAGGGGGAAAAAAUUGCACUGGAGGAAACAACGACUCCUAUGCAGUGAAAAAGAGACUAGCCCUGCGUCUCAGUCGAGGUAAACAUGCACCUCAGGAGUCAUCUGAUGAUAAGACUUCUUCUCUAUCAUUAGGGAGUAAAGGCAGUACAGAAUCUGGUUAUUUUUCUCUGUCCGAAAGUACAGACCAGUCACUUGAUAAUUCCCAGAACACAAGUGCCAAAAGUUAUGCAGAGAUCAUCCUUGGUAAAUAUGGGCGCCUCGGACAUCUGGAGAAGCUGUCCCGUCAUCAUAACCAGCAUCCCUCUGGUCAGGAGGACAAAAACACUUCUUUUACUGUACCCAAGAAACACGUCAUAGACCAUAUCACAAAACUAAUCACAAUCAAUGAGGCAGUGGUUGACACUAGCAAACUUGACAGUGUAAAACCAAGAAGAUUCUCUCUCUCUAGAAAAAGCAGCUCGGAGUCUCGAAAAGGUUCAAGUAUCAAAGAAUCUCUUGUUGUCAGCCCCAAAACUGGAGAUUUGGGGUACAAAAAUACUGGCUCCAUCAGCAUGGGAGUUCCAUGUGAAAGAUUCCAUAAUUCAUCUCAAAAUUUGGAGCAAUCUGGUAAACAAAUAUCCACUGCCUCUCUGGUAAGAAGUCACUCAAUGCCAUCUGCCCCGAGUUCCUAUGAUGCCUCCAGUGGCAACUCCUUCAAAUUUCGUCCAAGUCAGUCCUUUGAUGGACCUCGAGCUUCAGAAACACAGAUGUCCCGCUAUGGAACGCUAAGACGGCAGGCAGCUGUUGAAAUCCCUCUCGGUGCUGAGCCUACUAAAGAGGAGUUUGAGGUUUCUCGUGCAUUUUACCCCAGCAGCAUAACCUGUCUUCCCGACCACAAGCGAUGCCGGCCUCAGCCGUAUGAGUGUGAAGCAUGUGGUGUUGGAUGCAAGGAUUGGGAAGGUUACAAGAAACACAAGCAGAGCUUGUGCCUUGCUCUUCAUCCUCAAAAUGAGUUAGUAAAUAGUCAAAUGGACUGUUCACAGAAAGGCAACAAUGCAGUGAGAACAGGAACUCCAACAGUCCGCAAAAGAAGGAAAGAGGAGAGUUUUGACUUUGAGGACCCUUCAUCACCUUCUUUACCAUCCUCCACCGUCUUGUCAGAGCAGUGUCAAAUUGAAACUGGGGUGUCUCACAAAACCCCCAGGGGGCCUGCAAUACAAACUUGUUCGGUAAUUCAACACACUAGUACAUUUGAAAAACAAGAAUUAUCAUCACAUGAGACUCCAAGUUUGGAUAUAACAAAAAACAUCUCCACCUCUCCACAUCAAGAAUAUCAGCCUUUGCCUAAAAAGCAACCACACCAUCAGUCAAAGCUUUCCGUCAGAAAGCUGGUUCGUCAAAACAACGUACGGGUUCCAGAAAUCUUAGUGACCGAGGAUUUCAACAGCCCAGAAGCCUCAAAUGAGGCAUCCAAUACAUACAAUCUAGAGAAACUUGAUGAGUUUCAAUGGCCGCAAAGGAGUCCUUCUCUGUCACAGCUUCCUAUUGAAAAGCUUCCACCCAAGAAGAAGCGCUUGCGUCUUGCUGAGGUUGCCCAGUCUUCAGGAGAGUCUAGCUUCGACUCAAUAUCUUUGCCCCAUACCCCUAGUCAGGAUAGUAGUGCAUCAUAUGCAUCAAGUCGCUCCACCUCAUUUGAAGAACCUAAUAGGCCUGAAAUGGAGACUGCUGCAACAACGCCCUCAAGAAGAUCACGAGGCCCUCACAUGUUAGCAGUACCUGGGGUGCAUCACCACAGGGAGAUGAGGCGCUCUGCAUCUGAGCAGGCGCCUCAUGACGCACAACCAAGUAUCCUGAUCGCUGAGAGCCGUAGUAAGUCUUUUGACCACAGUUGUUUGUCUCCUGAGCGCUCUGCAGCUGGCUGGAAGGAAAGAACAAAGUGUCUUCUUAUGAGACAUGCAACUAUUAAGGAUCCAGAUGAGGAAGAGGGUGAGGUUAGCCAUAACCUUGAACACAUCAGUACUGGCAAAUCUUCUCAGGCAAACCCAACAUCUGCAAUUGGCAGCAGGUCAUUCUCUAACUCCACUUCAGAAGCAAAACCCUUGGAUAGUGUAUCAAUGUUCCCUGAAUGGAAAUUGGAUCAAAAUGUUCCAGCUUGUGGUGGCCCAAAUCUUUUAGUGACCCAUGAGCCAUCUGUGGAUGUAAAAAAGGAAAACUCUUGCAUCCAUCCAGACCAGCUUCCUCCCCAAGUAUCACAUCCCAACUCUUCAUGUGGGCUGUCAGGAGCAGCUAGAGCUCAUUAUCUCCAUUCGUCUACAGGUCUUAGGCUAGAGAUUCCUGCAAGGCAGGACUAUUCAGAAAUUAGGACUGCUCAAAUCAACAACCACCACUCUGGUCCUCACAUCAUUUCCAGCUUGGAGCUACUAAGGCCAUCCACAUCUACAACAGUAGCAGUGCGCCUCCAAACAAACACCCUCAUCCCAGCAUGUGCCAUUUACACUACACUGUCUCGAGCCAUGUCCCCAAGACCCCAGGAGGCUGUUGAUGCUGUCUCACCCACUUUAGGCGUUUCACCAACUGAAUCCAGAAGCACAGGGAUGAUGAGCCCAGAUCUCCAACAGUGGCCUGACAAUGGACUAAGGUUAUCUGUUUCUGGGGGCAAUAAGCGCAUGCUUUCCCCAUCCAGCAGUAUAGAGCUCCACCCUGACUCCCAACAGCAGCAGAAAAGAGUGAAAGAGGAAGACAAGAGUGGGGAGCAAUGCACUGGCAUGGGAGCCUCUCACCUCAGCAGUCAGGAGCUUAAACAAGAGAAUCCUCUGUGUUUACCAGACGUCUGUAUGCCAAGGUCACCUGAUGACUCUUCAUUCCCCAGUUUGUUGUCCAACACUUGUAACAGCUGGUGCUAUCUGAACUACACCAAACCAAAUCCUUCUGCUCUAGACGAGCAAAAGCCCUCAGUGUAUUCAUCAUGGUCUACUAGCAGCUACAACCCCAACCCUCCUGGACUCUCCAGCAGGACAGCGCUCUCCCUUCUGCACUGUAAACAGCGGCUAAGCCCCUCCAUUUACACCACAUCCCCCAUGUCUGUCAGAACGACCGAGACAACAGAGCAAGAUGACAACAAAAGGCCCUGCACCACUGAGGUCUUCAACUCCUGCUGUAGAGACCAUGAGGACCCAGAGAUGGGACGUCCAUCCCCAGAAAAAAACUGGUCAAAACAAACAGAGGGGGAAGAGGAGAAGAGCCAAGAGGAAGAAGUCCAGUCAUGCUUCAGAAAAACACCCACACAAAUGUGGGUCUCUCAGAAAGGAUCAAAUACCCUGAGUUGUGCUGUGAACGCUGCAGACAGAUGUCGAUGUGAAGACCUCUGCAAGGAGGCUGCUGGGGCCCCCACAGAUCCUCCGCCAUGUGACUGGAACCCCUCCUGCAGCUCUUUAGCAGCCAGAGCGAGCCUUGGGCAGAAUGAAGAAGAAAACAUCCGCUGUGCUGUGGACACUUGUAAAGUCGUUUCUCGAGUCCCAUCAGCAAAUCCAGACCAACAGAAGGAUGAUCGGAGCUCUGACCUGAGGAACCAUGCAGCUCACAGAGGUGAUGAGGAUGUCAGACUCAAGUCCAGCUCUCAAGACGAAGAUCACGAUGAACCUCAUCCAGGAGACCAGCCAACAGAGUCGGCGUGUGGCUCCUCUUCCUCCUCCCCCCUCGUCCACAAGGAACCGUGGCAGAGGAGCUCAGCCAGUGCCAGGAGGGCCCUGUUUGCCCGCCGGCGCCUCGAUGCCUCUGCGUCACAAACUUCUCACUUUCAAACCCAGAAUCCACAGAGGGGGUUGUCUCCACCCCAUACCCCCUCACCCAAACCUUCACAGCCCCCCUCCCCUCCUGCAUCCCUCCCUUCAGGCUUCCAUCAGACACCAGGCUCUCCAGCCAGAGGCCCUCCUUCAAACCAGAUCCAGGGACCUUCAGACCCUCAGUAUGGAGCCUGUCCUCGACCGAGGGAGCACCCGUCUGCAUCAACUCAGUUGAGGGACGACGCCAGUCUGGCCCACAUCACUGUACAGCCGCCGCGGCUACGAGGCGCCAUCAACCUCCUGAGCCACCUCCCUCUGCACUCACAGCAGUCCAGCAGGACGCUGAGCCUCCUGAUACCGAUCGGGGGGAUUCACAUGAUUCAGCCCAGGUCUACCCUCCCUCUGUACAGCCUGAGGGGCAGCAGCAGAGCCCCCACGCCCUUGUGUGACUCUCCAAAGGAGACGCAACAGGCCGUCCUGAGAGAGGCGUCUCCCAGCAGCAGAACUGCUCCCCCAAGCCCCGACUCAUCCCACUUUGACACCAGAACUGUGAGACUGGCUGAGACUCCCCAAGGGCAAAAACAGACCCCCCCCUGUCAAACGCAGCUUUGAUGGGAGGAGGAAUUUGGAGGGACAGUGCAACAAGCUGGAAGGCUGGGACAAGGGAGAGCAUCUUCAUCUGUGGUUGAGGAAAAAACGAGCGGCAUCACAUGGAAUAUAGUAACAGUGGGGCGAGGACGCAUUUGUCCUUCACAGAUUCUGCAAUUUUCCCCACAUAAAAAAAUGGAUGUGAGAGAUCUGUAAUGUUCAGCAUAGAUAGCUACACUUCAACUAUAGAGACAGAAUGUAAAAAUGUAGUAUGUAAGAAUGUAAGAAUUUAGUAUUUGGUCAUAACAAAUUUUCACCUAAAUACUUUGUAAUUUCAUCCUGGUGAACAACAACAGAGGUCAAAGGUUUCCUGCAGAUCCUUUAGCAGGUUUGUACCAUAGCUGCUGUGUUGGUCCAUUCUUCCAUACAGAUCUGCUCAAAAGCUUUGAUGUUAUAAGGCUGUCAACUUUCUCUACAAACUCUCUUUCAGAUUGAGGUCCAAAUGGAUUGAGGCUGGCUAGAUCAUUCCCUAACAUUUAAAUGCUUUUUACGUAGCCACCUCUUUGUUGCCUGGGAGAUCUGUUUGGCAUUUUAGUCUAAAAUCUCCCCAUACAUGACGGCAUUUCCCUUUUUGGUUUCAUCUGAUCACAUGACAAAGUCCCAUUCCUCCUCUAGAUCAUUCAGAUGGUUUCUGGCAAACUUUAGACCGGUCUAGACGUGUGCUGGCAUCGGCAGGGGGACUUUUGGAGCCCCACAGGAUUUUAAUCAAUGAUAGUAUUGUAUGGUAUCAUAGUAAUCUUUGUUACUGUGGACCCAGCUCUCUUCGGGUGAUUGACCAGUUCCCCUGUGCAGUUUUGUUUCAUCACCUGUAGCAGGUGAGAUCACACGUAGAGCUCCAGGUGGAGGGAGAUUGUCAGUGAUCAUCUAUUUCUUCAGUCUUCUAACAACAGUUGAGCUCUUCUCAUCAAGCUGCUUGCUUAUUGUAGAUUAGUUCAUCCCAGUCUUGUUCAGGUGUCAGUCUUUGGUGUCUUUUGACAGCUCUUUGGUCUUCGUGAUGGUGAAGAGGUUGCAUUCUGACAGGUGUCUUUUAUGCCGAUAACCAACUCAAACAGGUGUCAUUAAUACAGGUAACAAGUGGAGGAUAGAUGAACGGCUUAAAGAAGAAGCAACAGGUCUGUGAGGGACAGAAUUUUUGAUAGUUUGGAGUUAAUAAAUACCUAUUUUCUGUCUCAAUAUACAAAUUAAUUAUUUAAAAACCAGAAAAUACGAUUUCCUGGAUUCUUGUUUUAUAUUCUGCCUCUCACAAUUGAAGUGCACCUGUGCUGAACAUGGAAGACCCCUCCCAUUUUUUUAAGUGGGACAACUUGCUGAAUCAGUGCCUGACGAGGCCCCACUGCAUUAUAAAGUAUGGCACUAUGUUAGAUAUGCAGUAUGUUUUGUAAAUCUUUUCUACCCUCCUAUUUGAUGUCAUAGGUGUUCAUUUAUUUAUGUGCUAAUAUGCAAAUUCUGUACUAUAUGCAAGAGCAGCUGAAAUGAAAAGUUUCCCCCCAGUUGACAGCUCUGAUGUACUAUUGCUGUGUUAUUGUUGUACUACUACCAAAUGGUUAAAAGUACAACAAAUAUUUAUUCACCCAAACAGUAUUUUAAAGUGCAAUUGAAUGUCAGGAUUGUGGUUGAAAUGUCCUUCUUGAAGCUGUGACUCUUCUUCUUAUUUAUCCGACUUUAGUUGUUGUCGUCUUUGUGUUUGGGCAGCAGGGUCACCAUCAGAAACAUUGGAAGUGCACUGACAGACAAACACACACCUGUGUUGUUUUUUAUUUAAUGAUACAAUCACUCUCACAUUCACAUGUUUACCAUUAAACUGAUCAUUUUUACAGAUUUAUAUCAAAA